AUGGUAUUCUUACGGCUUACGGUGAAAAUCUUCCCUCGCGACCAGGCCCAGUCCUCCGCCCCGUCGUUUUUGCGCUCGUUGAUCGGAGAUCGUGACCGGGAUGAUAGCAAUCGGAGCUCGGUCGACUCCUCGAACGGCAAGCCGGUGAGCUUUCUGAUUGUGAUUGAGGAACCGGAGGAGGUAACACUGGGCGGAUUGGCGGGGUUGAUCCAAGAGAAAUGGAGGAAGCUGAGGCCCAAUACCGAGCCUCUAGAUAUCAAGAAAAUCCUCGAUGAUGAUCAUGAGUCCGACGAUCUGGAUGCCGAUAUGACCGUUUCCCAGGUGUUUGUGGACAAUGGAAAAGCUCGUGUGGAUGGUCAUGACCAGCGUGCCACCGUUCGUGUUAUUCAGAAACCGGCUCCCUACGCCCCCGUUCGAUACCCCUCUGUGACGCAAGAUUGGGAUGCGGCUGCCCAGACCUUUGAAGAGAAGAUGAAGAUGAAGAAGGAAGAGGCGAAGAUGUCCGUUCACAAGUUUCCGACCAUUGCGGAGGAAUCGCAAGGGUAUGAUAGCUUUUCAUCUUCCGCCAACGGCCGGACAGCCGCAGAUACUGCUUCCAUCGAAGACCGCCGUCAUGAUCAGCCUGUGUUGUCUGUCGAGAAAGAGAUUCCGGUCUCCCCGCCACGCUGGGGCCAGAAACCUCUCGUCCAUGAGGAAGAUUCACAAGCUCGCCAGGAAAGUACUGUCGCAAGUACACCGCAACACAAGCGCAUGGCCAGUCAGGAACUGGGUGGUUCCCCUACCCCGACACAUCCUCGCUCUGUGAGAAGCCAAGGAUCAGGGUCCAAGCAAGGUUCAGCUCCCCGACAAGGUUCAGUCCCCAGAGCAAGCUCGACACAGCGGUCCAUUACCAGAAUGUCUGAGGCGAAAUCCCCACCAUCUGGUCAACCGAAACAAGGCGACAGAUCGGAGUCACCGCUGGGAACUCGAUCGCGGUCUCAAAGCGCGCGGGCGACUGAUUUUAUCGAAACACAAGCCCAGGAGCAUGACGAUGAUGAUGACGAGGAGGAAGAGGAGAGCGGAGAGAGUGAAGAGGAGACCGAAGAGGAGACCGAAGAUGAUGAAGAGGGAGAGACUGAGUCGGAGACAGAUGACAGUGAGGAUGGCGAACAAAACCGCGACGGAGACGGCGAUGUUACAAUGAAGGAAGACGACGCAGUCAUGAAGAAAAAGGACCAACCGUCUACCGACGCUCGUCCCGUGGAGGCUGACAAGCCCAUCACAGCGCCAAUGGACACCACACAUGUCAACUUCCCGGAAACUCGGUUACGCAAGAGAAAUAUGAGCCAGGAGGAUCUUGUACCGAACAAAGAGCCUCGUCUCAAUGCUGCCGGUACUCCUUCCUCGAAUAAGGUAGAAAAGAGCGAUCCUCAGACGGGCAAUAAGACAGUGGCACGUCCUAGUAGCAGCCCAUCCGCGUUGCGUAAGCGUGAGAGAGCGCCAUCCUUCUCCGACUCUGGUCGAUGUCCAAGCAUUGAACGAGCAUCCGAGGCCUCAAAAUCUGGUCUUGGAUUGGGCAUUACGAGGAGCCCCCCUGGCAAGAAACCGGUCAUGCUCGAUCUAUCUCAAGAUUCUACAAAAUCAGGAGACCCUGCUCCAUCCCAGGGCACCAUCACCGCUACGCCUCUUUUCUCUAGCAGUGCACCAACCGCUCGCCGAUCCUCAAUCCAACAGAAUUCAACCCCAUCCAAGGUCAGCACGCCUGCGAUGAACAGAGUCAAGGGGGGGUUGCAGUCAGUUUUGCGCAAGGACUCCCCAGCAGACAGACCAUCAGAGCGCCGGUCUGUAUCAUUUGCCGAAGGAGAGGAAAUUCUGACUGGACCCGGCUCAGCACCACCAAAGUCAACUCCACGGACUAAUCCUAAAGAAUCAACCCCUAAGAGUACACCUAGAUCGGGGGGCAAGCCUGUUGACCCGAAGUCAGUAGUUUUCCCGAAAGGAUACUCCCAGGAAAAGAUCGAGCAAAUGAUGAAGGAGGCAGAAGAGAAAUUGGAGAAAGAAAAGCAAGAAAAAGAAGCAAAGGAAGAGCUUCAAAAGAAGAUCAAGGUCUUGGAAGAAAAGAACGAAGAGCCUGAAUACCUUUCCAAACUACGCACACUAUCAACGGCCUGGGAUCAGCUGACGAAGAUCUCCAAGGGCGGACGGAGUCGACCCCAGCUUCGAACCAAGUUUGACAAACUACAAAAGGAAGUGGCAACUUAUGAGGCCGAAAAGGCAAGUGGAGACACGAAUGGCGAGACGAAGAGCAAUACGAAGGGCAACGUGAAUGGCGAAACAAACAAGAAAGCUAGCACACCCUCGCAACCUCAGAAGAAGGCCACGCCUACUCCAGCGAGUGCUAAAACUUCUGCGAAAAAGACUGGAAGUACUGAUUCUACAUCAAAGCAGCCGGUUGCACCUAAGGAAAAGACGAGUGAGAAAAAGACACCGGCUACCAACGGCCAUACUGAGCCCGCGGAAAAAAUAGAUGCGACCCAGGCUACUGAACCCAAUACCUCUCAACUUCAAUCUUCUCAACUCGAACAAUCUCAACAACAAGCGAAGCCGAUCGAAUCUGCAACUCCCGGUUCUGCAAAGACGCCUCAUGCAGAGACACCAACUCUAGCGGCCAAGACUCGGGCUUCUGCAAAGCCAGACCCAAAGCCCGCAGCUACUGCAAAUGGAAAGUCACCGAACUCAUCACUUUCUGAUGAUGCCAGUCUGCCGUCUGUGCCGACAACUCGCUCAGCAUCUGCCAAUCAAGCCAAGAAUGUUAAUGGCAGUAAACCAAAGGAUGGCCCAAGCCCCAAACCGACAUCGGCACAGGAACCCGUCGAGGUAUCCUCGUCUUCAGAGGAGGAAAGCGAGUCCGAAGAGUCCGAGGACGAUGAGAACUCCGAUGGUGAUGAAGAGGAAGACGAGCCUGCGCAGAGUAAAGCCGACCUCUUGGGCCGAGGCAGAUCGUCAGCUCCUCCCCAGCGAGCCCAGUCGCAAACACCCCAGUCGAAAACUACUCCAUCGCAGCCGGCAGCAUCCCAGCCGCAGUCCCAACCGCAGUCCCAACCGCAGUCCCAGCAGUGGGCGCGACCGUCACCCGCCACUCGACCGCGCGAAACGCUCAAGUCGUUGUUGAUGUCUCAGAAGGAGCAGGGGCAAGAGAAAGCGCAGCAAGCCAAGGCGGCCCACGCCCCGGGUGCAAGAAAGGACGUGUUCGACCCACCAUCGGAUAGCGAAUCCGAGGAGGAAAGCGAGAGCGAAAGUGAAAGUGAAAGCGGAGACGACAGCGAAAGCAGCGCUGAUUAUGGAGAUAUCCAGUCGAGCGGAAUAGUGGGCAAGCUACGACCUGGUGCGCGGAAGAGGUAA